AUGGCAUCUCAACUCAACGUCGAGGAGCUCAUCGGCGCCGCAGAACACCACCACGAACAAUAUCUCCAAACACUGCGCAGCAUCCAGAAUGCCGUUGGCCAGCGAACUCGCGAGCGUGCAGACAGUCCUCCGCUUCGCGCCCUCUCCCACCCAACCUUUUUCAGUCCCGAGCCUCACACGCCCAAUGCUCACCUCCUCAGCCGCCUCCAGCGGACGCGAACCUCGACGCUGGAAACCACAGCAGAGCGGCCGUCGUUUUAUCCGUCUCCCAAGCCCGUAGCGCGCUCGACAAUUUCUCAUGAUUCAGAAUUCAUCCCCGACGAGGAGCUGUCCUUCAUCCCGCUGCUUGACGCGCCCUCUGCCGGCGCUCGCCCUGCGGAAGAGCUGGCACCUCCGCCCGCGGAUAUCACUUCGAGAACACAGAAGCCUCUUCUCCCGCUGAGCUUCUCCGACGACAUGCUCAUGGGGCAUCUCAGGGAGACAGAGUUUGACGGGCCCACAGCCACGGUACUGGAAGAAGUCGUUCGUCGGCGGCCGGACAUGGACCUCGCCGUGCCGUUUCGUGAUUUUGCGGCCUUUGAGCGCGAGAGCUAUGUGAGCACGACGUUUGAAGUUUACGAAGUCACGGCAGACGCAGAAGCCAAGAAGAUCAGCGUUGAUAUUGAUGUACAAGCGGAUGUGAAGUACGGCGGAGAAGGCGUGCCGUACCAGAGUCCAGAUGGCAUCGUGGAUGCGCCGACGGUAUGGGAGGCCAUCAAGGACGUCAAUUCCGACGGGGAGGCAGUGGGAAGAAUCACCAUCGUCCAAGAGCCAACGCCGCUCAUCCUCGCCGCCCUCCAUCUCACAAUGACGCCGCACUUCGACAUGGGCGAGCUUCUCACCCAUCUCCUCUCUGAGGCGCCAAACCGCGGACGCACAAAUGCCAUCAUGCACCGAGCCUUCGAACGAACCUCGUCCCGGUCAUUCUUCUUCGUCUUCAAGUACUACACCUCUGUGGCAGAGGGCCUCGAGCCCGCCCCCUGGCAGAGGUUCGACAAACGGCCCUCUGACAAGCGGCUCGGCGACCACAUCGACAUUGCCGAGUGCAGCUCCGUGCUCGCCCUCUCGCUCGGCGGCGAGCCCACAAAGCCGCUGCGCAUGAGGCCUCGCCGGGAAAGGGCCAGAGAGGGAUUCCUCUUCGACACCUUUGGCCCGUGGCAGCUGUUGAGUAUCCAGAGCUUUCCCGACGACCAGCACACUGUUCGCGGCGAAGACUUUCAGAAAAAGAGCUUUUACAACGGCCCCUAUGCGUUUCUGGACCUCCUAACUGCCGAGUAUCGUGACGCAGGGAGACGAAAUCAGAUUCUCCACGAGAAAAUCACAAAACUCAUUACGCCCCCUACCGAGUUCAUGUUCGACCGCCGCCUCCGCGACAAGCUCCUCUUCGAAGACAAGCACUUCACCUACAUCCGGCGCUACUUCUGGGCCUACAACACCCUCGCCGUCAUCAACACGGGCAUCAAGGCCAUGGUGGGCGCCUACUUCGACACCUUCACCGACGACUUCUGGUCCGGGAACCACCCGGUCCUCUGGCCCCAUCCCUCGCCCUCGUCACCCUCGGGCGAGGCGUACCUCGCAAAGAUGGCCCUCCUGCGCCGCGAGCUGGAAAAGGCCGUCGCCGAGCUGGGCGAGGUGCUGAAGCGCAACGAGCGCACCAGAAAGGAGAUUGAGAACCUGAGGGACCAGCUGUUCAGCGGGAGCUCCAUCAAGGAGAGCAGGAGGGCCAUUGACCAGGGCGACAACAUCCGCAUCCUGACCAUGAUUAGCAUGAUUUUCCUGCCGCUGACCUUUGUCACUGCAAGUGAGCCCCUUUAUCCCGAGACGAGGCAGUUACAAAAGAAGAAAAGAAGAAUAAAUGGGUAA